UGUAGAAUAGAAUCCAAACCUUGUCAUAGUCCUCUGUCUCUCUCUCUAUCUCUCUCUCUCUCGAUCUCGCCAUGGGAGACUCCCUUCCUCCAAACCCUAACCCUAGCUCACCCCCAUCGCUCCCUCCACCACCAACAUCUUCUCCUGCUCCCCAGAGCUCCGCCGCUUGCGGUGGCGGCGGCAUCGUCGGCGUGCGCCGCCCCCCGAUCCGGGUGACCUCGGAGUUCGACAGCGAGAGCUCCCUCUUCCUCCACAAGCUCUCGUGCAAGCUCUUCGACGGGCUCGCGAAGCUGAAGCUCUCGUUCCAGAACGACCCCAAGGGCGGCGUCGGCUUCCCCGAGCUCGGCUUCCUCACGAAGCACUUCUCCGUCCUCUACGACCUCGAGUCGCGCAACGCGCUUCUCAAGGGCUCCUUCGACCUCGCCGAUUCGUUGCAAGUUCGAGCCACCCAUGACGUUAAGACUGACCGGAUUGGAGAUCGAGAUUAUAUUCAUGUAGGCUAUUCGGCGCGCUGCCUAUCUAUUUCUUGCACUUCUGAAAAUAAAAAGUCUAUUAUUUCUUGCCUUCACUUGGGUCCUUUCUUUGGUUUCAAGUAUCACUAUAGAAAGGAGCAACAAGGAGAAGUGGCAAUGAUAGCAAAAUUGGGCGAUCCGUCAUACAAGCUGGAAUUAUCAUCUUUUGUUCCUUCUGUUGGAUUGCCAAAAGCAACUUUCCAUUUUCCCCUUGGUGAAGUUUCAGUCGCGGAGAAGAAAACUGAUGAAGGCGAGAAAAUAUUGUCAGUAAACGGAAUUGUACAAUCUCGUCUUUUGAAUGGAGUUUGUACUGCACACUACAGGGAUAAUGACUUGAAUUUGAGAUAUUGCUAUAAGGAUGAUGAAUUAUCAUUUAUUCCUAGCGUCACCUUACCUUCAAAUGCACUAUCAUUUGCGCUGAAACGGCGUUUCAGUCCUUCAGAUAAGUUGAGCUACUGGUACCAUUUUGACUCAAACGAUUGGAGUGCGGUUUAUAAGCACAAUAUGGAUAAGGACGUCAAAUUUAAGGCUGGUUAUGAUUCUGAACUACGACUUGCAUGGGCAUCUGUUUGGGUUGGAGGCGAGAAUGGCAAAGCAAAGAUGGCACCUAUGAAGAUGAAAGCUCAGUUCAUGCUCCAAACCCCUCUAGAUGAUAUUCAUAGUACGGUUUUCAUGUUUCGUGUGAAGAAGAGAUGGGACUUCUGAGUCCUCUCGUCAAAACUUUCUUUUGCGCUUGAUGAUUUAUAUCCGGAGAUGAAUUAUGUAUACCGCAUGUGUUGGCAUAUGUUUUGGCCGAAAUUUGCCGAGUGGAUGAUAACUGUUACUUUGAUUUUGCUUCGAUUCUUCGCUACUCGGUAUGUUUCGGUAAAGCAAUGCAGCUUUUUUCCUGCAAUGGUUUCCAAGAUAAUGGUGAAAGUAAUUAAUUCCGUUUGAUUUGCUCC